GAGACAAUAACUGCGCAGCCACACCUAAUUUGUGAUGUCCAGACUCAUUUAGGCAGAAGCACUCCUAUCAUUGUCAGAAUCAUAUCAUCGCUACGUCAUUUUUCACUUGAGCGGUUUACUAAAGUUACGUGGUACCCAAUAGUUGGAUGUCCACCAUCACUCAGGUGACCAACUGACUGGGCGUCAGCUAAAUCGCGACCAUACAGGAUAUCAAUUCCCAUCGAGAUAGAAUGCAGUUCGCUAAAAAGGCAUCUCUGUUGGAUAUUCUUCAAUCAAAUGAAACAUAAUUUCAACGGUUAAUUUCGUUUACUUGACAUUUUUGUCCAGUGGCAAUUGUGGAUGACAAUUUGUGACUUUGUCAUAUGUGGAAGUAUUCUUGUCUUGGGAGGUUGUGCAACAUACACCUCUACUGGAACUCCAAUAGGGUAACUCUAAUAUUCCUCAGGACCUCAGACAUUUCAAGUGUUCAACAUACUUUCAAGACCGGACCUAAUACACCAGCCCAUUCAAGUUAUGCCAUUCUUAAACUAUUCACUAUUCAGUGGUAACUUUCUACGACUAGUGACAAGACUGAUUCAAGCACUCUACAUGAAGAUAUUCAGACAGGAUCAUCUUUAAAAAGCUUGAGGGACUUCAGAUAAACAGUUUACAAGAACUUGUGCCAAUUUCUUUAUUGAGGAUUAAAGACAACAGCAAUCAUGAGGACCUUACCACUUGCACUCGUCCUACUCAUGGUUUCGGUUGCAAAGAUUCAUUGUGAGGAUGUAAAUAAGAACCUGCCACUCUAUUGUCGAUACGUUCAAGAUGAUGUGACUCACAUGCUCUGUAUAAAUACGGGAGUAGAAGUUUAUAAUGUUUUAAAACAACUCCAGGAACUGGGUGAGGAGGAACGCUCAAGAGUGACUUGGUUUCAACUGAAGCGUAUUGACAUGCCAGCCCUGCGUGCAAGAGCUUUUGCUAUGUUCCCAAACCUGAAGAAAUUAGAGGUAACAAGCGGCAGGACAUAUGCGUGUUCCUCAGAGGCAUUUCAGGGUAUUCCCCAGUUGGAGACCCUUAACUUCAAUGUCGGCACGGGCACAACCUACCAAUUAGAUGGGCUAUUCGACAACUUGAACCUAACCAGCGCAAAAUUUGGAAUUGACUUUUAUGCCAAUGAUGACCUUACUCAAGUGAUGAAAGGCUUAAAGAAUUACAAAUUUGAAUCCAUUGAUAUCAGCUAUUGGCGCAUGUCCUGGGCAGAUCUGAGUAACUGGUUACAGGGCGAUCACCUGAAAUCGUUGACAUUGAACACUUUGAAUUAUCUUUUCGACUUGUCAGAGAAACCCAUCGACAAGAAGGAAUAUUUCAAGAUGUACACACACCUCGAGUCACUAUCGCUGAAGUCAAACAGGAUCACCUUCAUCGUCGACGGAGCCUUCAGUUUCAGCAAGAAACUGAAAUCAAUCAAUCUGUAUGGGAAUUGGCUUCAUCGAAUCACACCUGGGAUGUUUGAAGGUUUGGACGAGCUCACAGCGCUCGACCUUUCAAGGAACCUCAUCACAACUGUUGCGGUAGAGGAUUUUGGAAAUAUGACUUCGAGAUUGGGACGUCAAUUGAGGGUGAACAUGAACCGUAAUUCAUUUGAGUGUGGCUGCAAACUCAUGGAGAAUGCUUAUGACUUCAUGAACGUGUCCAACCAACUGGUCCUCCAAAAUUUCCAGUGUAUGUCUGGAAAUACCCCGAAGAGAGUUAACGUACUAGACUUGAAUGUCAUAGAGAGUAAUCUGACCACCAAAUGUGCACCAGCAGUAAUCCAAAAUUGCUGUCACAAGAACAACAACAAGACGGUUGUGGCAGACUGGUAUUUUGAGAAUUUGGUGGAGGUUUUCUGUAAGGCGACUGGGACACCGAAGCCAAAGGUCUGGUGUGAGCCCAUCUCUGGUCAUCCGAUGCCCAAGGACAGCAUUUUCUAUAAAGAGACUUAUGCACUUGGUUCAUACGCUGCUCGAUGGUUCCAUGCUCUCAAAAAUGAAUCUGGGACAGUCAGGUGCUCGGCCAUGAAUUCGCUUGCUACUGUUUCUGAAGAAUGCACCAUUGAGGUUAAGAAUGAUUGGAUCACAUCAGGAGGAAAGUCAGCAACCUCUUGUCGGGAUGGAUUUAUAGCACUUGCAUUGCUAUUGGCUGCCAGGCUUACUGGACAAAACUAGAAACAUCUAAUAUCCUGUACUGUGAACAACUAGACUUUGGAUGUUGUUUAUUUAAAAGUAACCUAGUAUUUGUAUCUUUUGUUGUCAUGAAUGGAAAGAAAGCUCUCUAGGUGAAGGUCCUCCCUUCGUG